GCUUAUUUUGUUUCAAGACAGUUCUGCAUUAUAUAAAGCCAGGAUUAACUGUUGUUUGAUAGCUCUUUCUGGCCCUACUUGCCUAUCUUCCCUAUGUAUGUAUGCUUGACACUGUCCAAUGUAGUUUCCCUUUUAGAAAUCAUGCUAAGACUUCUGGAUCUUAAUUGUGUAUGUGCUUAUACUUCCUUAAUAGGUCUUCCCAUCAAUUUUCUCAGAAAGUGAACCAACCACUAUGAAGCUAAUUAUACUCUAUUUUAAAACUUGAAUUCCAAGAUGUGUGUUUAAACAUUCUUGCAAGUGACUUCAGUAAAAGCACUAAUACUAACUUAUUUCAUAUCAACUUUAAUCGAUGAUUGGUUAAUCUGUUCUUGGACCUAAAUUAUUUUGGAAUGUGUGCUGCAGCUAUAGAAACAGAAGAUGAGGUCCCAUCACUUUUGUGGGGUUUGAAUCCAAUCUUUUCAUCCUUUGCAAGACUAUACAUUAAAGACAUAUUAGAAAUGAAAGAGUCUAAACAGGUUCCAGGUAUAUUCUUUUACAACAGACAUCCAAUAAGACAAGUGGAUAUUUUUGGUAUGGUGGUUCUAAUAAAAGAAAAAGAUUCCUUUUAUAUUUGUGGAGUGGAUGAUGGCACUGGUGUAAUAAGCUGCACCUGCUGGAAAAAUGCUUUAGCAGAAAAGAAAAAUAUGUCAGCAGAUUUGGAAUCUCAGCCAAGUACUUUAAGUGGUCUGAAUCUAAGUGACUUGAUAAGAAAUCUCCAAAUAGCAAUUCGGAAAAAAACAAUUCUCGAAAUUGGUGAUCUAAUCAGAGUCCGUGGUUGCAUUCGAAUUUACAGGCAACAACGGGAAAUCAAGGCUUCUGUGUAUUAUAAAGUUGAUGACCCUAUGUAUGAAACUCAAAUUUCCAGAAUGCUAGAACUUCCCCGUUUAUAUAAGGAUAUUUAUGAUAAGCAAUUCCAGUUCCCAGAAGAAACACAGUGUAAUCAUGGUGCAUCAGAUGAACUGGGUUCUGUUAUGAAUCUGAGUAAAAAAAUAAGGGAUUUUCUAUUGAGGAACAAAAUUCCGAGCUUCUAUAUGCAGGAAUUAGAAACAGUUGAAGAUUUGGUAUCAUUGGCCAAACAGAAUGCUGAGCAAACAGGUUCCAAAGCUGGUCCUUGUUCCAGACUGAUUAGAAAGUCAUUCAUGGAAGCAAUAGAGUUAUUGCAGAAAGAUGGUGUUCUUUUUCAAAAAUCAAAGACUUCUCAAAAUAUGUAUUAUGUUACUGAACAGGAUACAGAAUUGCACAAAGUAACUCUUGAAGUUAUCCGAGCUGAUUGUAAGAGACCAAAAUAUGCUGAAAAAGGGUGCCACCUUCGUCACAUACUCAGUUGUAUUCAGCAAAGCUAUAAUCCUUAUAUCACUGAAGCUGUUGUCCGUUGUCUCCUUGAUUGGUUGGAGAUAAACAGUGAAGUUGUCACUACCAUGGAAGAAUACUAUACAGUCUUUUAAUCUAAGGGAAUGGAAGCCUGGAGUCAAACAUUAUCCAGUGAUCUACAAUAUCAAAAAUUUUACUGUGUACCUGUUCAGCUAUUUUUCUAAUUUAGAAGAUGAUGCAGAAUACAAAUCAUUUCAUUUCGUGGUAUUCCCAAUAGAUAUUGUCUGAAGCAUUUCUCCUUUCUCUAAGAUGAAAAAGUACUAAGCAGUCAUAUAACAUUAUGUUGCAAUUGCCCCCUUGUGGUUGGAUAGACUUAAAAAAAAAAAACUUCGCCUUUGGACUACAUAGUUAAAAAAAAAAACCAACUGCAUGUACACGGAAGAGUAAUUGGAUUUGUUUAACUUUCUGCCAGAGAUCAACAACACAAAAAUAACAUUCCAAAAAUGAACAUACAAAAAAGUGAAAAUGAUAAGUCAGACAAAAUAAAAAAGAAUAGGUAGAAGAAAAACUUGUCAUAGCCAAGAUAUUUAUUGAACAAUUUGUGGAUAUAAUUCCUCAUUUAGCAAGGAGUUGUGUUCUGGACAUUGUGAAGGAUAUCAGAGAUUCCUUGUUUCAGUUCUGUGUUAUAUUGGCUGCCUCAAAACUUAUUGAAAUUAAGUAUUAAAUUGAGAAGCUAUGCUGUUUAAAAUCUAGGAUCCUUUUUUCCAUGCAAGUUGAAAAAAACCUAGCAGAAUCAAAAUGGUGUAAGAAUUAUCAAUUUAACCCAAAAUUCAAAGUGACAGUUUUACAUGAACCCCCAUAGAAACAGUCCAAAUUCCAAUUACAAGAAAGAAUUGGGCAUAUUCUGAGGCAUUUAGACAGGAUUUUAAAAAUGUUGAUUGGAUUUCUUUAUUCUUACUUAUUUGAAGAGGCAAAGCUAAGGAUAUUAAUGUCAAUAGGCAUAUGGUUAUUCCAUCUGCUGUCUGUAAAGUUCAAAACUGAAUAAAUAAGUUUGGGCCCGAUUAGAACCAGAUUUCUGUUGUUUCCACCACAAUAUAGAUAAUGAAAAAAUGAAUCCUAAAAGAGCUAGAGUCAACCACGGUAUUAUUUUAUUUUGCAACAAUGAGUUCAGCUAGCUAAACUUUCGGUUGAAAAUCCUCUUUUAUGUCAAGAGAGUUGACCCAUGAGAUUGAUUCAUACCAGCAAUUGAUGGACCCAGGUGGGUUUCAGAGGGACUGGGAUAUUCCUACUGGUCUGCAGCACGGUCCAUCUGAAGUUUCAGUUGCCACUUGGAAUAAGUGGGUGGUUGAGGCAUUGGAUCAGAUUGCAUCUAUGUGAUCUUUUCCCCUCUUGUGGAUCCAUUAGUCCCUGUAGUUCACAGAAGAGUUAAGAGAGUUGAAAUGAGAGAAGAGACAUAUAGAGUAUUGUUGGAAUUCAACGGGCCAAACUCAACCAAACUGAGUCACUACUAAGACCUGCCUUGUAACAGUAUGGAUGGCAAAACAUCAGUACCCUCUUUCCCAUUUCUUACCUAAAUAAGCAGAAUUCAAAUACUGUUUCAUUUUUUCUUUCGAUACUAGCAUGUUUGCACAUUACUCAUCCAUAGUAAAAUAAAUCAUAGCUAACUGAAUUACGUUUUCUAGGUUCAUGUGACAUACUAGACCAUAAAUUAACCAGACUUGCUGCUUUGCCCAACAAAGUAUUGUAAAAAAUAGUUGUUUGGCUUGUGGCUUGAUAUGUCACACAAAUUCAGCCAUGUUUUCACUAACUGAAUUAUUUUAGGAAGCCAGUGUGUAGCUAAAAUAAUCUACCCAGGUACAAUAUUGCAACGGAAUAAUGGAAGUAUUUUAGUCAGAGUCCUUUAGGGAAGGAUAACCUCUUCCUGAAAAAAGCAGCAGCAACAGCAAUGAUAGGUUCCUAAAAUGACCACAUUUUAACACUUAACAUCCUUUCAUAAGGUUUUCAGUAGGUAAGAGCCACGUUCCAAGUGAUGCCAUCGGUUGAGAGUAAUUUGUUUUAUCCACAAAUCUGAUUUUGUCACCAAAAGCCCUUUGUAUGUCUUCUAAAAGCCACUGGUCGUCUACAAUGUAUGAUCCAAAGUGAAAAAAAACCCCUUCAAGUCUGUUGUCGGACUGUAUGGAAGAUAGAUUUCCUAAAUAAAGAUUCAGAUUUUUUUCUUAAAAUAUUUAAAUUUUUAAUACUUAACUUUUAAAUUACUAAGUAUUUUCUUCUUUAAUAUUUACCAUAGCAUCUAAUAAUCGGGAAGUUUAAUUUCCCUUUCUUUUGUAAUAUAGCUUCAGGGAUGUUCAUAAAAACAAUUUAGUCAGGUAAAAAACAUUUCUGCUAUUCUGAAAUCAAGUUGUGUCUCCAUUUCAUUAUCUUGUAACUUGAUGGCAAAAGCACAAUGUCAUGCACUUUUAUUCUUCCAUAGAAAUUGAAUUCUCAUGGAAUGUAAUGAUAAUCUCUUUUAUGAGUUGAUAAUUAUCUUAACGAAAACAAAAGUAACCUAACUUGCAAAUAUGUAUAUUGCCACAGUGUGGUGCUGUUGAAACAAACUUGGAAAACUUAUAUUUAAUACAGGAGUUUCUUUAUAUAUAUCAUGGAACUUAUAUUUUGUAAUAAAGUUUCUUUACAUA